ACAAGCUUAUACAAACAUAGUAUAUCGUUUUAGAGAUAAAUUGGUCAUACCUAAAAGCUAUCUAUUUUUGUGGUUUCGUUUUGUUUACAUUUCUUUACCUAUUGAAAUUUUCUUCGAAUGAAGAAAUACUUGUGCAACAUAGAGUCCCAGAUAUACAUACAUCUUUAAAAAUGUCUAAUUGUUAACCUUACUUUGUGAUCAUGAUUUCAACAAGAAUCUGGAUUUUAAUAGCUAUACUUUUUACUUUAAAACAUAUAAAUUCAGAAUCUUUACAAACACAAAUCUUAGAGGCUCGCCAGCUUUAUCCUCUAAGAUCUUAUAAAGAUAUACAGCUAUUCCAGUACACUGUUCCACCACAAGUGACAUUUGCAUCAUUUCAGUAUAAAGCAAAUGGAAGCUUUCAUUGUCCUCUUAAAACUAUUGCUGUGUAUCUUCAAUAUGGAAGUUAUCCAGUUAUGAGUUUGCAGAAUUCUUCAUAUCCAAAUUUCUUUGUAGUCCAACGAAUGUACUUACAUGACAUAACAUUGCUAUCUGAUGCCAAGCCAGUACUUAUAAAUAUUACAAAUCCUCUUCCUGGAAAUUGGUAUGCUGCUGCAUUUUUAGUUGAAAACACUGAAAGGAUUUCACAAAAAGGUCUCUUUGUACCAUGUCAGAGUUUCCUAUCCACUUCAUUAAAAAUGUCCAUGGCAGAUAAUAUUGCAAACCUGCUUCAUAAUUCAGAAACAUCUCUGCAACUGUUUUCAGCUAAGACUUAUAGGUUUUUCGCUCCUAAAAUCAGUUGGUUUAGUAAAAUAUCUAUCACCAACUGCUCCUUAGUUGAAAAAUGUCCUGUCAUUAUAAGAGCUCGGCAAUUGGGAUUACCAUCAACUUCUGAGGAUGUCAAAACUGUCAAUUGCAAUGAAUCAGAUUUGUGCAUGCUGAAGUUUGUUCCCGCAGUUUCUGAUUGGAAUUACAUUUCCAUAGAAAAUCUGAACACAGAUUCUGUAGAGUUAACCUUUGUUUUGGAAACAGAAGAUUGCAGAAAUACCAAUUCUGAUAGUUCAUUUUGGAGCAUUGAAACAUUUGCUCAACUUAGUGCCAUGAGUGCAUAUUUGCACAGACUUGAGAGUCCUGUGAAUGACAGUUUUUGCUGGCCAGAAAUUCCUUUAAUGCGCAUAUCAUUUUCAACAAAUUUAGCAUUUGAAUAUAAUUUAUUUUCGGAAGAAGAAGAUAUAUAUCCAUUUAUAUUAAAUAUAUCAGAUUCAGUGUACUCCCUAUCAAGUUUCCAGGUUUUGCCGACUGUGGAUAUUGGUGGAACAUUGUCAAUAGAUUUAGCUGUGUCACCUUUCAUGAAUUUCUCACUUAGCAAUGUGUCUGUGUCUGGUUGCUUAUCAUAUGGUAUUAGGCCUGAUCCCGAAGGUAAUGAACUUUGUGAUGGGAAAUCUAUGACAGUCAAUACUUCCUCAUGGGAACAGCGAUUUUCUACAGUUUUCAUUCCUUUUCCGGAAGCUGGCAUUUGGUACUAUCGUUUGAAAGCAGAAUGCUAUACUGCUAGCCUUUCCAACAUUAGUUAUGUUCCUUGUGAAUCUUCAAAGAUCCCCAUAUACUUAAGAAUUCGAUCAGCACCAUGUAUUCUAGGAAAUUGUGGAAAAUAUGGAACAUGCUAUCAGUAUGUUAGCGGAGGUCUUAUAUUCAGUACAUGUACUUGCAUUGCAGGAUACAAAGGUUGGGGUUGUACUGAUAACAGUACUGCUCGUUCAGAUGCACAGCUACUAACAGAUGUGUUGUUAUUAACUUUGAGCAACAUGCUUUUCAUCCCAGCUGUCAUCCUUAGUAUAUACAGGAAAUAUUAUACUGAAGCCUUCAUAUACUUUGCUACUAUGAUUUCAUCUGCAGUUUAUCAUGCUUGUGAUUCUGAAGUUUAUUCAUACUGCUUGAUUAGAAUAACUGUUCUCCAAUUCUGCGAUUUUUACCUUGCUGUUCUUUCUGUUUGGGUAACACUCAUCGCUAUGGCUCAGUUGCCACAUACUGUACAGUCAUUUGUCCACAUGGUUGGUGCAGUUGGAGUUGCCUUAGGAGUUGAAUAUGAUCGUACUGGUUUAUUGGUGUUUGUUUUGCCAACUGGAAGUGGAUUAUUAAUUCUAUUUACUUCUUGGGUUAUGCGCUGUUAUAAAACCAAAGAAUGCCAUCCUACUCGCAAAACCUGGCUUUUUCGUUUGGUACCUGGGAUUUGUCUUGCUUUGGUUGGUCUAGUGAUUUAUCUAUUCUUUGAAACAAAAGAUAAUUAUGCCUACGUCCAUAGUGCUUGGCAUGCUACGAUCGCUUUGUCUGUUUUGUUUUUUCUCCCAAAUAAACUAAAAAUUAAGAAGAGUACUCCUGAGCCGACAAGUUCUUGUAGCUAUAUAAGAGUUGCAGAUGUUAAUGGCACUGAGACAACUCAUCCAGUUGGCACAGCUUAUUCCCAUUUAUUAGCACCCACUCCUUAAAUCAAUUUAAUGUUAUAUUAGAGCAUUCAAAGAAUAAUGAAUUAGACACAUGAAUGAAAGGCCAAAUUAGAGAUAUUCAACUCUAACCUUGGCAUUGAUUUGAAUGGGACUCAGCAGAAUUUUUUUUUUUAUCAGGGAUGAAUAUGAUUGAAGAGCUGGUUGGCUCUGGAUGCCUGAAUAAAUGGAAUUGUAGUUUUUGAAUAAAAGAAAAACAUUACUCUCUGAAUAAAAUUUAUUGAAUAAUUUUUUCAUGUACUAGUAUGCAAUAAUUAUUAUUUAUUAGUUUUAAUUUUGAUCAAGAAUGAAUACAAAUCAGGGGAGUGCUGGCUCUUGGUUAAUGAAAGUUUUAAACUAUAAGAACUUUACUUUGAAUAAAUUUUGAUCUAAUGAUCAGAUUUUUGUGUACUGUGCCUGCUCAUAAUUUUCCAGAAGAUGUAUGAUUAUGAAAAUUGCACGUGAAGAAGAUGCAAUCUUCAUAGUUUAAAAGCUCACCUAACAUAUUUAAAUUAGUUAGUGUUAACUACUAGAUAAGUUUCAAAAUCUAACAUAAAAAAUGUGAUUUCUCUGAAAACAUGUACCUUUUUUUCAACGAAGUCAGAUUCUUAAUCCAUGAAGAUAUAAAUGCUAUCUCCAUUAGUUUACUUAGAAUAAAAGUUUUAAACUCAAUGUUAUCGUUUACUUUAAAAUUUGAACUUAAUAAUUUAUGUUCAAAUGUUUUUUAAUACAAUCUAUUUUGUGUGUAUCUUUUCAAACAAUAUAAGCCAUAUUCAACUGGUUGAAUGGAAUAGUAGUUUAUUUUUCUAUUCUUUCCUAAUUUAGCAUAAAAAUGCACAAUUCUUUUCAAUGUAUUUAAAAAUGCACAAUUCUUUCCAAAUUGUGUAAAAAUGCACAGAGUUUUUAUUCCUUUUGAUCUUCAAUUAUUUGAAUUGAAUAAGCUCAAUCAAACGUUAUUAUUACUUAGAAUUAAUUGUGGUUCUUUGAAUUUUUGUAUUACACAGAGCUUGUUCAAUUCUUUGGAUUGAAUAAGCAAUUUACUUGCUUGUAAGCAAUUUACUUGCUUAUAAAUAUUAUGUUUUACAUUUGAAAAACUUAACUUUAGUUUGAAGUUUCUGUCCCUUCUAAAAAUAAACACUGGGGUUAAAUAUAAUAAAUCACUAUGCAGCACCAGUAUAAUUAAAAAAAAAAAAUUUUCCCCAAGUAAUGUGAAGCUUGAGAUUAAUCAGUGGAAAGGAGUGAUUAUAAUGCAAUAGUUGUUAGUGAUGAUGAAUUAAUUAAUUGUCAUAAACUCUUUUUGUCCUUUGAAUGUUCAUACCUUUUGACAUUAAAGAAUUACACUUGCUAUUGUUUGAAUGCUCUAAUGCUUUUCAUGGGUAUGCCAACUGCAAAGAAGUUUUGGUUGUUACAAUAGGUUUCAACCUCUAAUUAUGGAUAGUAAUUUGAAAUUCCAAAUAAGACAUAUUAUUUAAAAUUUUGCAAAAUUUUCAAACAAUUUACUAUGGCUAAGUACCUUAUUGAAAUGAUGCUAUAGAAAUUGUUAUCAGUUUAUUUUGGGUGUGCCAAGACUUCACUUGUCUAUGUGAAUAAUCUAUUUUGUGUAGUAUUAGUUAGCUAUUUCACCUAAUAGUUAUUUUUAAUGUUUUUUUAAGAAAGGUAAUUUAAAAUAAAAUGUUUGAAUUCAUGAUGUCAAAUUGUUUUAUUACUGUCAAAUUUGUAACUGCUUUGCAAGUUCAUAAAUAAUAAUAUAGCACUACUACAUAGAUAAUAUAGCAUAUAUCAUUUUGGCAAAAUAAUAUUGUAGUUUGAAACAUUGGAUUGUCCUUUUUUUAAUCUUUACUGUAGUUUAUGCAGGCCUGGCCCACCCAAAAGACAUUGUGGGCCACUUCGGAAUUGCCUUUUUUCCUCAUAGACUGCAAUGUAUAUGUAUUUAUUAAAUUUGACUCAUAUUGGAUGGAAUAUAUUUAUGUGAAAAUUUAAAAUGGUGUACUGUUUAUUAUAAUAUAAUAAUGAAACUAUUGAUUACCUAAAUUUAUGCAUAAUUAAAUAACAGCAUUUAAAUAAAUACAGUGGAAUCCUGGUUUUACGGUUAAAUAUCCGGAAUUUUGCGUUGCAAAUUCUUAAGAAAAUCCUGCUUUAUACAUUUUUCUAACAGAUCAAAAUCAUUUUUUCUUUACAAAGCUUUUUCUGAGUUUUCUUUUAUUUAUUUUUCUUUCUUUUAAGAGACAUGUUUACUAGCUGAUAGUAGCUUUUCGGACAUUCUUUCUAUUCUAUCUUAUUGUCCCUUUGUCUGUAAAAGGGAAUUUCCUGAUUGAGUCAAAAGCAGAACAGUGGUGGGAUGGGCAAAGCACAGUAGGGUGGUUAAAGGAAGUUACGGAAGCUUAAAAUUUUAGUAAAAUUUAUUUUGUGGAAUUUUUCCCCACAAACUUUAACUUUUGAAUCUUGGAAUUUUUCAAUCAUUUAAAGAAUGUUACACUAAACAACUGGCUAGGAAAUAAUUUCUUUUUCGUAAUUCCGGUGACCUUCAAGAUGCUUCAAAAGCAAAAACAAUAUAUAUAUAUAUAUAUUUAAUAUUANUAUAUAUAUAUAUAGUGUUCUGGAAGCUCUAAAUUUGAUUUCUACUGUGUGGGAUAGUGUCGACUAAAAUACAUUUCAAGUUAGUAUAAUAAAUUUUGUGGCAUUAACUACUUCUCAGUAUCCAAUGGGCUCUUCAAAAUAAAAUUGCACGUCUGAAGAUCUUCAGAAGUCGAUGGCUCGUAUAUAUCGACUGUAACACACAUUCCAUUGCUUUUCAAUUCCUUCAAUAUCUGAUUAAAUAUCUGCUUCCGAUGAUAGUGAUGAAAAGAAGCAAAAAAUUUUAGUGGAUAUACCCACAACUUAUCAAGAGUUUAAAAGCAGUAAGACUUUGAAACAUUUCCAAAUGUAAACCAUGAAGCAAAUUUGCAAACAAUUGAGAGGGCUAUUGUUAAAUUUGUAUUUAAAAACAAAAAACGUGUAAGAAUAAACACUUUUUCUAGUAGCUCGUCUUGUAAGUGUCGGUUUUAGAAAAAUGUACUCAUAUUUGUUAAACCUUGAUUUCAUGUUAUCCGGUUUCGUGCAUUUUUCAAUAUAGCCCGGUGUAAGAUAUAAAAUCAAGGUUCCACUGUAAAAGAUUUAGAAUCGAUACAAGAAAUCAAACAUUAUUUAUUAUAUCUACUUUGCUUUAAUCACUUACCCUUCCUCAAAUAUUAUUUUAAGUAAAUUUUGCGAAUUUAAUUAUAAACCCAAAGGUUAAAAGGCAUGAUUUAUGAUCCUGAAAUGCAAAGGGUAAAGUUAAAAUAUUAUUCAAAGUUAAUAUGUUAAAUUUAUUUGAAAAUGAAAUUACAAUCUUCUAUAAUUUUUUGUAAUGAAAUGCAAAAUCAAAGAUUUCACUGCCUAUUUUUUAAUACAAUUACACACAUUAAGAGAAAAGAAUGGCACCUACUUGAUGGGUGAAAAAAGUUUUUAUAAUUGAAUUAACUGUCCUAAUCACACAAAUUUCAAUUAAUUAUUUGGUUUUAUAGUUUAUUUCACUUCUUCAAUAAACUUCUCGCUUGACAAUGCACAAAAUGUAAAAGUUGGCAUCCCUGCUUGCGAUUAUGUACUAACUUUUAAUAAAUUAUUUUUAUAUUUCGAUAGAUAUCCUAGCACUCUUGUUGUGUAUUUUUCCAAGCUUUAUUUUUGUAUUGUUUUGUUAUUUCAUUGUUUUAUUUAUGAAUUUUUAUUUGGUUGUUUUUGUUUUGUGAAAUCUUUAUAUUUUAAAAGUUUUAAUGACUGUAAAAUUUGAUAUAUAUGUAUUUAUUUUUUAAAAUGGUUUUAUUUAUUAAUAUGAAUAUAUAUGUAAAUUUGAUUUUUCUUAAUGUAAUAAAAAGAUCAAUGGAAUUGUGAUGAUUUACAUACAAAUAAAGUACUUCUUUCUUUAUA